UCUUCAAAAACAAUGAAUACACUCUUUCUUUAUAUGUACGCGAAAUAGGCCUUUCAACCAUAAAAAUAAGGAGAAGGUCCUUCUUCUUUUUCUGUCUAUAUAGACAUAGCUAUAGAAGAAGCUAUAGCUUUUCUUCACCUUGCAUGGCCUUGGUUUCUCCUGUCGUUAUCGCCUAAAACUUUCGGUUUAUUCAUCGACAGUUUGAGAGCCAGUGACUAAGGCAGUACUGAUCUCCAGAGCCCUGAGGUACUGAGACCAGUCAGGUACUGAAUCGCUAUGGUCAUCUGCGACAUGAUUUCCUAAUCAGUCAUCAGGAAGUUGAGUGUUAUGAUGGAUAUAAAUAUUCAUAGUCUCUUUCUAAUAUUUAAAUAAACAUUAACGUUGACUUUCCACUCCGUUUGUUGGGGUUGCUCCCAAAAUAUGUUGUUAGGUUUGGGCAGAUCGUUUGGCAGACUUGGCUUCUAUAUAGAACCCUUUCGCUUGGCCAGCCAAAAAUGUGGCCAAAAUGACAAGAGCGCCUUGAUUGUAUUGGCACCAGGUGCUGAGGAAAUGGAGUUUACCAUAUCGGCCGAUGUCCUUCGAAGAGCAAAGAUCAACGUAACUGUGGCUGGAUUGGAUACGUGUGAGCCCAUCAAGUGUUCCCGGGGAGUUGUCAUUGUGCCCGAUACUUCUCUGGAGCAGGCAAUGGGCCAUGGUAACUACGAUGUAGUGGUCCUGCCCGGUGGCUUGGCCGGCAACAAGGCCUUGAUGGGGUCCAGUGCUGUGGGUGAACUUUUACGCCAGCAGGAGUCCCAGGGCGGACUAAUCGCCGCCAUAUGUGCCGCACCCACUGCUCUGGCCAAGCACGGAAUAGCGAAGGGAAAGACCCUGACAUCUCACCCAGAUAUGAGGCGCCAGUUGGAGGAAAAGUAUUGCUACAUAGACGAUCAAAAUGUGGUUCAAGACGGAAACCUAAUUACUAGCCGAGGACCUGGAACAUCUUUUGAUUUCGCCCUGAAGAUUGUUGAGGAAUUGGCAGGAGUCGAGGUGGCCAAGGAUGUUGCCAAACCGAUGUUGGUCACUUUUAAGCCGUAAUUGAAUUAUAAGGAAUUUCAAA